GUGGGAGGGGAACACAGCGCCUAAGUUCUGGAGGAGGUCUGAGCCGGGAGCUGUGUGCUGCUCGUUUUUUUCUUUCUUUCUUUAUUUCAUCGACAGUCCCCCGUCUGUCCAGCACGCAGAUCUGAGCCAAACGUUCGCUGUGCGUAAUUACGCACGGAGACGGCAGAUCCGCGGCGUUACUCGGCGAGGAAACCCGCGGACAAAGGACGGCGGGCUGUCUGGAGUGCAACAACUGACUUGAGAGAAGAGGAAUACUGGAGGGGAAACGGGAUUCCGGAGUCGGAAGUGAUUUUUUUCCUCCCUUUUCCUUUUAGAAAUGUAAAAAGGAUUUUCCGAGAGGAACUUGUGUGAUUCAGGAAGGAAUCCAGAAAGAGUUCGUGUGUGGAUUUAGUCCCAACACCAGCAGACCCUCGGAGCAUGGGAGGAGUAACCUGCGGGCUGUAAAAUGUACCCGAUACACCGUGAGAGGGAACAGCCCAUCUUCAGCGCCAGAGCUCACGUCUUUCAGAUCGACCCGGCCACCAAACGCAACUGGCUGCCGGCUAGCAAACAUGCGGUCACCGUGUCCUUCUUCUAUGAUGCAAACCGCAGCGUCUACCGCAUCAUCAGCGUGGGCGGGACUAAGGCCGUCAUCAACAGCACGAUCACCCCCAACAUGACUUUCACCAAAACUUCCCAGAAGUUUGGCCAGUGGGCCGACAGCCGGGCUAACACCGUCUACGGCCUGGGUUUCUCCACCGAGCAGCAGCUGCAGCAGUUUGCAGAGCAGUUUAAAGAGAUAAAGGAAGCAGCCCGUCUGGCCAGAGAGAAAUCCCAAGAGAGGUUUGAGCUAGCCAACCCUGCGCUCAGCAUCGCAGCUCCUCAGGAGCUGUCUGAAGACCGUCAUUCUCCACCACUGCUGACAGUCAACGGGCCUGGGGAGGAAAAGCUGUUUCGCAGCAAGAGCGCUGAGGUGGAAUUGACGGCUGAGAAGGAAAGGGUUAAGAAGAUGCUGUCAGAGGGGUCGAUGUGUGAGAUAAACAUGGAGGCUGAGCUGUUCACCCUUCAGGACAGCAACGCCAAGCUGGUGGCGGCGCUGCAGGAGGCCAACAGCAGCGUGGAGCAGUGGAAGAACCAGCUGGCUGAAUACGAGCAGGAGACGGAUCGCCUCAGAGACCAGGUGGCAGAGCUGGAGGCCCAGCUGGGGCACCCCGCUGCUGGUCAGCCUGAUAAAGAGGAGCUGAGUCGCUCUCUGGAAGAGCUGGAAGCUUUGCUCAGAGCCAAAGACCAGGAAAUUCAGAGUCUGCAGAGUAAGAAAACAGAUGUGGGUGAGCUGGAGAAGGAGAAGGAGGAGGCCAUACUGAGACUCCAGGAUCUGGAGAGGCGGAACGUCGAGCUGGAGAAUCGCGUCCACAGCGCUGAAAAAACGCUGGCUUCCAGCAGAGAGGAGCAAGAGCAGGCGGAGGUGGAAGUUCGGCGAGUCAUAGAGGUUCUGGACAUCAAAAUCGGUGACCUGAAAGGCCUGAGAAAGAGCCUGGCUAAACUGGUGGACUAGUGGUCACCGUCGGAGCGGGGGGGGUGCUUCUCCACAGCUAGCCAUUACUUUUUUUCCACACAGCCUUGAUUUUUGUUUAAUCGGGGCGAGCAGAGCAAAAAUCAAAGCAAUACGGUUAAAAUUCCACGUGAGUUUAGCCACUUUUUUGUCUGUGCAGGUAGCUGUCAGAAACUCCUAGAAGGUGCAGAACAAUCGUUACUUCUCUGUUUUGGCUUCUUCGUUUAGAUUCUGAUCUUCAUUUUGUAGUAAAGCUGCUCAUUUUUAAUAUUUUCAUUAUUAAUUCAAAGCAGUAUUAGACACAGAUUUAAUCCUAUACCUGUACAGGGAUAAAACAGAAGGUUUAAAGUCAUGUAUGGACACAAACACUACAAAAGGACGAUGUUUCAUCAACUUAAUGCUUUAUUAGCUUCAAAAUGAGAUUCAUAGAAUGACUCAUACAGUUUUCCCCACGUUUGUUAUUAAAGUUUUCCUUUUAAAUAUGUAUUUUUUAUACAUAUUAGCUUGUGAAAUACUUUAAAAACACCUGCUUCUUCCCUGUGGAGAUGCACCCAGAGAGCGAGCGGUCACAGCCAUGGCUCCAGUCUACAGCCAGCAGCAGGGACUUCACACCAGCUAACAUCAGCACUCUCAGAGAUUUGCUUAAACUCCGUCUUCUGGGGAUCGCCAGCAUCAAACUGUCUCCGUCCAAGUUUUGUUAGAACUCCACACUUAUUCUAUUAUUCAUGUUCAUUGAUUGGCUACGCACCGUUGCGAUGGGAAGUGUGCGCCGACUGCCAGAGGAAGAGAAGAAACCCCGUAAAGACUCUGACGUGCCUGAGAAGCUGCCCUGAUGUUGAAUCUGCAAUUGCACUUGAUAAUGUUUGUGCCAACUUUUUGUUUUUGUGUGUUUACAUUCGUCUGAGAGAUCCAACCAGACCUACCUUUUUCUGCUAUUGUAGUGAUGAUGAUCUCAAGAACAAGAAGUGCAGCCACAUAGCAUAGAUGAGAGCAGUGCAUGAGCUCUGCAGAGGCCCCGCCCCCAUACCUGUGAAUCUCUGUCUAGGCUGCUGGAGUAAAACGGCACAACCACAUUAGCUGUAGUAAAUUGGUACUUAACUAACUUGUCUGUCAGCGGUAGAUGUGAACUUCAGAUGCACAAAAUAUAUUGAUCUUCGCUUCUCAGCCACUGAUUAGCUAUAGAUUUCUCUGCGACCUUAACCGAGGUACAAAUAAGGAGCAGUUCUUUGCAUCUGAUGAGGCAGCGACGGCCGACAUCACGUCAAGAUGCGUUUUCUCUCAUCAUCUGCAGCGUAAAUGUAACCGCUCCGUUAUGACGACGACUCGCUUGUAUUGCCUUGUUGCGUGUUUUUCUGGUGGUAUCCACAUAAUUUAUGACUUAUAGUUUAAGGUUGUUUUGAGGUUAGAAAUAGGUGUUCAAACGCAGUUUUAACCAUCACAUAAACACUUUUAGGACGAGCUGUGGCUCUCCGGGGUAAAGAAAUCACUCAACUGGCAAACAAUAGAUAUUUCCAGUAGUUUUUAUAGUACUUGACAGCCGACAGGGCUAGAUAAAUGUUUUUCUUCAUUAUCUGUCAAGGAUUAGUCGAAGCAAAUGAACACAAUAAAUGUGAUCCUUGCAGAGGUAGUUCCUGUUUCAUCAACAAUCAGAUUUCUGUAUUUAAGAACGGUUUAUGGUUUUGCUCACUGCUCUGUUUUGUAACAAAAUAUUCUCACCUGAUCUUUUUGGCUAAUUAUUAACGGCAAAACAUUUUAAAACUACCCUAAGAAUCUGUUUUUUAUACCUCUAACACAAAUGAUGCUUGUCUCAACGUCAUUCUUGGGCCUGCGUUUGUCAAUUCCUCAUUUGAUGACACUAUAGAACUGAACUGAGCUGACCAUCACGCGGAGGAAACAGGAACCAGAACAAACCGCGCAGGGAAAGAGGACGGCAAUCCUCGGUUUCAUUCAUUUUUAAGUUGAACUAGUUUUCGACUCAAAUGUUCGACCUUUAACAACUCCAAAUACCUCAGAGUGCUGCAGUUACUUUCAUUUAAGUAAAUGUUCAUUGAGGAUAAUAAAAGAAGAAGUAAGUGAACUGACAAUUGCAGACUCAUUAGAGUAAAUGUGCUUGAAUGGAGUUUGAAAAUGUGAGACGGUUCCCUUAUAUUUGUACUAAACUGGUUUACACAUUAAAACUGCCAUAUCAAUUCA